GGCUCCCCCGCCCUUGGGUCCUGGGGUGGGUCAGCCCCGAUACGUCAGCUCAGGUUCCCUGCUCAGUCUGGCUCCAUAGAGCCCCUGGAGCCGAUGGCUGGUCUGAACGUGUCUCUCUCGUUCUUCUUGGCCACCAUUGCCCUGUGCCAGGCGGCCAGGAGGGUGUCCAAGGCCCUGCUCCCCAAAGGUGCCUACGUCAGCUUUGCCCUGGAGGCGGCGGGCGCGGCCCAGCUGGGGGCCUGCUGCCUGGAGAUGCGGAUGCUGGCAGAGCUGGGCCCCUGGGCGGGCGGCUUUGGGCCCGACCUGCUGCUGACCCUGCUGUUCCUGCUCUUCCUGGCACAUGGGGCCACCUUUGAAGGGGCCUCGGCCAACCCCACCGUGUCCCUGCAGGAGCUCCUCCUGGCCGAGGCCUCUCUGCCCGGCACGCUGCUCAAGCUGGCGGCCCAGGAGCUGGGCAUGCGGGCAGCCUGCGCCCUGACCAGGCUCUACUGGGCCUGGGAGCUCAGUGACCUGCAUGUCCUGCAGAACCUCAUGGCCGAACACUGCAGCUCGGCCCUGCGCACGACCAUCCCCCACGGCGCGCUGGUGGAGGGCGCCUGCGCCUUCGUCUUCCAUCUGACCCUCCUCCGCCUCAGGAAUAGCCUUCCCGUCUACAGAGUGCCAGCCGUGGCCCUGCUGGUCACCGUCAUCGCCUACACAGCUGGACCCCUCACAUCUGCCUUCUUCAACCCCGCCCUGGCCGCCUCCGUUACCUUCCACUGCUCAGGGCACACCUUGCUGGAGUACGCCCAGGUGUACUGGCUGGGCCCUCUGACAGGGAUGGUGCUGGCGGUCCUGCUGUACCAUGGCCACCUCCCCCGCCUUUUCCAGAGGAACCUGCUGUACAGUCAGAAGAACAAGUAUCGAACCCCCAAAGGGAAGCCGGCCUCAGGGCCUGAGGGCACCCAGACACCCAAAGAGGGGUGCAGAGGCCAGGAGCCUGGGCAGAGGCGGGUGGGGCAGCAGCCGCUGGGCUCCCUGUGAGCCCCAUGUGGAAGCCAGGUCCCUGGCUGAGGAGCACAAAACCCACCCCCACUUCCUCCCCAGACACCAUUCGUCAAUAAACUGUCCCCAGCCAUGCCUGUCUCCCUGGCCUGGCAGAGGCCUCUGAGGAGGUGGAGCUGGCCUGAGUCCCC